GCUUCUAACUUUACUUGCUAUUCCUCCAUUUCAAAUUACAGACGAGAGGCUCUCUCACCUUCUCCGUCGCUCUGAAACCCCACGCCCUACAGACCUUCUACUACAAUGGGGGAACCCAUCUUUCUCCCCGGCCGGACGAGUCUCGUCGGCUCGAUCAGUGUCAACGUAGUUGGAAUCCAACACAAUGCCGGCACCUUCAGAGCGGGCGAGACAGUGGCACUUGUCCGCGAGCCGUCCAACACUGAUGAUGAGAUGGCCAUCCAAGUCCUCAACACGAGGGGCAUGGUGGUCGGCUACAUCAAGCGCGAAGCUGCCAAAGUCUUGGCCCCACUAAUAGACUCUCAGCUGAUCUCCGUCUACGCCAUUGUGCCCAAAGUUCCUAGGGUCGAGAAGCUGUUUUUCAUCAAUUGCCAAGUGCGAGUAUUAGCGAGGGAUGAUGACUUCGAGCACGUGAAGUCAACGAUCUUGGAAGGCAAGUUGAUGCUCACCCCGCCGGUGGGGAAGGAGGUGAGAGGCGUGGACGAGAGUUUCACGUUGGUCGGCCAGGGUGUCGAGAAGAAGGCGAAGACGGACCCUUUGGAGCCUCCCUCGGAGUUCAUAAAGACUCUUCUUUACCCCCACCAAAAACAGGGGUUGGGUUGGUUGGUUCAGAAGGAGAAUAGCGGGGAACUGCCUCCCUUUUGGGAGGAAAAGGGUCGCAAAUAUAUUAACGUGUUGACCAAUCACUCUCCAGACAACAGGCCGGAGCCUCUGCGAGGUGGUAUCUUCGCAGAUGAGAUGGGACUUGGUAAGACUCUCACCCUGCUUUCUUUGAUUGCCUUGGAUAAAUCUGAUGGUUCGGUGGUCUUGGUUAUGUCUGAAUCUGCUAAGAGAAAGGGGAAGGGGAAGGUGAAGAUGGGCAUCUCUCGGCCUCUUAAGAAGAGUAGAACUGGACCCGAUAGUUCGAGUAGCAUGACUCUAGAUGAUGAUGAGACAUGGGAGGGCACCAAAUCCACCUUAGUUGUUUGCCCUCCCCCCGUGUUACCCACUUGGGUAACGCAGCUGGGCGAGCACACUGAUAGGAUGACAUUGUAUAGCUAUCAUGGACAUAGGACCAGUGAUGCCGAGGAGCUCAGAAAACAUGACAUUGUGCUGACGACAUAUGCGAUAUUGGCCAAUGAGCAACCUCUGGAAGAAUCUCCUCUGAAAAAGAUAGAAUGGUGGAGAGUCAUCUUGGAUGAGGCGCAUGUGAUUAAGAAUGUGAAUGCCCAGCAGAGCCGAGCCGUCACUAGCUUAAAUGCUAGGAGGAGGUGGGCUGUUACUGGAAACCCCCUUCAGAAUAAUUCCUCGGACUUGUUCUCUUUGAUGGUAUUUUUGCGGUUUGUGCCUUUCUCCAUAAAGAGCUACUGGCAAAGCUUGAUUCAGCAUCCACUCAGCCAACUGAACCAUACAGGGCUUUCCCGUCUGCAGGUUCUCAUGGCCACCCUUUCUCUACGGAGGACAAAGGACGAGGUUUUGAUCGGAUUGCCCCAAAAGACAAUAGAGACUUGUUAUGUCGAACUGUCUUUUGAGGAGCGUGAAUUGUAUGACCGUAUAGAACGGGAAGCCAAGAGUGCUGUGGAGCAAUAUAUCAAUGCUGGUAGUGUGAUGCGUAAUUACACUGCUGUGCUUGGUAUAAUUCUAAGACUCAGACAGAUAUGCUGUAGCAUGGCCUUGUGCCCGCCAGAGGUGACCUCGCUUCUACCGUCUAACAAGAUUGAAGAUGUAUCUAAUAAUCCGGAGUUGCUGAAGAAGUUGGUUGCUGUGCUAGAAGAUACUGAAGAUAUCGAUUGCCCAAUAUGUGUUUUUCCGUGUACAAAUCUCAUAAUUACCCGCUGUGCUCACAUCUAUUGCCGAGCCUGCAUUCUCAAGACUUUGCAGAACUCGCAAAGGCGGUGCCCCCUUUGUCGCGGUCCUCUGACUGAGUCUGACCUGUUCUCUGCUCCACCGGAGUCAUGCAAAAGCAGCGAAGUGGAAAAUCAUUCUUCUGCCAAAGUUUCCACUCUUUUAGAUCUUUUACUUGCAGCGAAGGAUCGCAACUUGAGCUCAAAAUCAGUUGUGUUUUCGCAAUUCAGAAGAAUGCUUUUGAUUCUGGAGGGGCCACUUAGAGAAGCUGGCUUUAAGAUCAUGCGCCUGGACGGUUCGAUGAGCGCAAAGAGAAGGCAAGAAGUGAUCGAAGAGUUUGGAGUGGCAGAGCAAAGUACAGCCACCGUGUUGCUCGCCAGCCUCAAGGCUUCCGGUGCCGGUUUAAAUCUGACGGCUGCAUCAACUGUUUAUCUGCUGGAACCAUGGUGGAACCCUGCGGUCGAGGAACAAGCCACGGAUCGAGUGCACAGGAUCGGGCAGAACAAGGAUGUGAAGAUUGUGAGGUUGAUAGCAAGCAACAGUAUCGAAGAGAGGAUACUGAAGUUGCAGGAGAGGAAGAAGGCACUAGCGAAGAAAGCUUUCGGGAAGUGGGCUUCAACAGAUGGGAGGGAGAUUGGGUUGGAUGAUCUCAUCGCACUCGUGUCCUAGUGAGCACAUGGAGAAAUAGUUGUGCUUACUUGUAACUAGAUCUUUUUUCUUUUUGGGUUGCUUUUUUGAGGUUUUCAAUGCCGACCGGUCGAAUUUCAGACCGAAUGAAAUUUGUUGUAAAUUCUGCCCAGACGUACACAUACCAUCCACGAUAUACAUCUACUAUCCACAACUGCUAUUCUUGUC